AUGAAUAAAUAUACAUAUAGUGUGUGUGCAUAUGUAUAUAGGAAAUUUUUUUUUUUUAUUUUCCAAAUUAUAGUAUUUAUUAAAAUGACGGGAAAUGACGAUGUAGAACAUAUAAAAGAGAAUGACGAUGCAGAGCAUGUAAAAGAAAAUGAUGAUGUAGAGUAUAAUAAACCUGAAACUCAUAAAAAUUUUUGGAAAUCUUUUGGGCUGGAUAAUAAAGCUGGAAAAUUACUUUAUAAUUUGUAUGGGGAAAGUUGUAAAAUUAAUCCAGGCCUAAUAGGUUCUAAAAAAACUGUUAAAAAAAAAAAAGAAGAGGACGAAGAAAAUCAGAAUGAAGAAGAAAAUAUCCCCAAAUAUAAAAUUAGUUACCCUAUUUUUAAAAAAAAAGUCGAAAAGGAAUAUGAAGUUGACAAAAUACCACAUAGAAAGCCAUUAUCCAAAAUUUUGGAGGAGACAAAAAAUUAUGAAGCCUUAAAAGAUUUACCUAUAUAUAUUGGAAAAAAUAAAAACGAAGAAAAAAAAAAACUGAGUGAAGCAUUCCUUGAACAAAAAUGUAUGGUUGUACCACCGAGAUGUGCACCUAUUGUUUUAACAGAAGAAGAAAGGAAAAUAAUAAUAAAAGAAGCAAGAGAUCAAUUUUCAGAAUUAGGAAAUACUAAUACAAAAGAAGAAAAAAUAAUUGACUCUCUUAAAAAUCAUAAAAGUGAAUUAACAACUGAAUUAAACCAAAAAAUAAAUGAAUAUAAAAGUAUAAUUUUAAAUGAACAGAAAAAAAAUAAUGCAUGCAAAAAUAUCGGGAAUGAAAAAUUGGAGCAUGUCAAAAUACAACUCCAAAAUGAAAUUGAUCAAUGCAGAAUGAAUAUUAAAAAAGUGAAUGACAUUUUAAAUUCGGUAUAG